UGACGUUUAUUUCACUCGCCGGAACUGCUGAUCUCAGACGGGUCUAACGCUGAUGUGUUACAAGAAAUAAGGAGUGAAUUUUUCCGCGAGUUUUCGAUGAGGUAACAUACGUAUUAAAGUUGGUUCGAGGACAGCGUACUGUAAGGGGACACAGUGGAAGCGUGCACAAGUAUCUCUCUGAGAGAUAAUGGCGCCCAAAGGCAAAGUUGGUACCAAAGGAAAGAAGCAGAUUUUCGAGGACAACGAGUCAACUCUCAAGUUCUACACAAGAGUCAUUCUGGGAGCUAAUGCCAUAUAUGUUGCUGUAAAUCUUUUCAUCUUCUACAGUUCAUCGACUUUUUGGACAUGGCUGCUAUUCGCAUUUGCGCUAGCUGUGUACGUUGGGAGUUACCGCUCCAUGUCCACGAUGGCCAAACCAGUGUUUGCUGAGGACGGAAGUCUCUUUGAUGGAGGAAUAGACUUGAACAUGGAACAAGGAAUGGCAGAGCACCUGAAGGAUGUUAUCCUACUCACAGUGUUUGUCCAAGUCCUCAGCUGUAUCUCUUCAUAUUUUUGGUACCUGUGGUUGCUGGCACCGGCACGCGCCGCUCACCUGCUUUGGGUGAACAUUCUGGGCCCAUGGUUUUCUGCAACAAGCCAAUCGGCACCGGAGGAAGUGAAUGAGAAAAGGCAGCGAAGACAAGAUCGGCGACAGAUGAAAAGAUUCUGAUGCUGCAGAGCAAAAGAAAGCAGUAUUUUUUAUACACAGGAUCUAUUGCAAUCCUAAAUUAUGACAUAGAAGACAUUAUGUUGUUAAAUUAAAUGCAAACCUGAUCUUGUCAUGUCAUUUCCAUGUCUGUUUUCUUCUUGCAUGCAAUCCAGUUUCCUUGCUAAAUGUCGCCUGUCAUGUAAAGGUGUCAAUGUCCACUUGGCAUCUGUACAUUUUUAUUUUACAUCCAACCCAUACAAGUAAAAUUGAGUUCCAUAUUAUGCUGCAGGGAUGUUUUUGUCUUAUUUAAUUUUUUAUUAAAAAAUUGACGAUA